CAAAAUAUCACCAACUUCACUUUGCGCAAAGGCCGACUGAAUUGAUUAGAAAAACCCCUCGAAGUGUCAGGUUCGAUGGAUAAACACUUCAGGAUGCAGGAGGCCCAAAAAUGAAACAAAAAGCUUGUUGGCGAACGUCGGCCAGGGCUGAGCCACGACACUCGAGCGUUCAGUCUGGGGUCGACUGCAGGGGUCGACACGACUUGAAGGCGCCAAUGACGAAUCAGGAACAAAACGGGAUCACAUUCCUUGCUUUUGUGGCUGCCGAUUCAGCUGUGACAAUCCGGGAACAACACACGAUCCUUUUCACACCACUUGAAACGUUUAAAUAAAACCUGGCCACACCCCUUCUGCACGACUGCUAUUCUGCUUCCCCGUUCACCUGCCCACCCUCAAAAGCAACUUUGAAGUAGUCGACAUCUCUCGCAUCCAGACACAAACUACCAAUAAACAAAUCCAAGUCAGAUCAACAACACAGGUCAAAAUGGCGAAGACGGGCAUCUUCCAUCAUGUCGGCACCUUCCUGCUCUUCGUAGCAGCGAUUCUGCUCCUCAUCACCACGAUCUCGGCGCCUGUUGUGGGAGACAUCGCCAUCCUGAAAGUGACGCUCACCAACAAGACUGAUCUCCGCAACUCCUCCGUCACAUUCGGAACUUUUGGCCACUGCAUCCUCGAUGUGGCUCCCGUCCAAACCGAUCAAGAUUUCUGCUACCCCAAGCAUAUUGGCUAUAACCCAGCGGAAAUCAUGAGCCAAAUCGAUCAGACCACUUUCACGACAGCCGCUACCGAUACCUCGAAGGCGCUCACGCGUGUCAUGAUCCUCCACCCGAUCGCCUGCGGCGUCGCAUUCAUCGCGUUCCUCCUCGCGCUCGGCUCUGGAGUCUGCGGCGCGAUCUUCGCAGCAAUGGUCGCCGCCGUGGCCUGGCUCAUUACACUCGUGGUCAUGGUGACGGAUUUCGUGCUUUUCGGCAUCAUCAAGCGCCACGUCAACGGCGAUGGAAGCGGAAGCCACGCCGUGUUCAGCACCGGCAUGUGGACGAUUCUUGCGGCCAUGGUCAUUCUGUUCUUCGCGACCUUCAUCGUGCUGUUCACUUGCUUCUCGUCGAGAAUGCACCGACAGGACCGCCACUCGAGCAAGGAGGCUGGAUACAAUGGAACCACGACGACCCGCAGGAGACACUUCUGGCAGCGCCGGAACAGAUACUAGAUCUCUCAACCCCUCUCCAGCCGAAAUUCACGUCAAAGAGAUAAGAAUGGAUGGGAGCAGGAGAUCAGAUGCCGCGGGCGGAAAUUGGGGGUCUCUUUUCAGCAGGGGCGUUUUGCGGCGUCCUGAUUGAUCGGCACAGAGAUUGAUUUCCUUGAAACCUUGUGAUUUUCUGCCGUGUCGGCCAGCGCUUGCAUCACGAGAUACCAGAAUGGAUCGCAG